AUGGAUUCGCAGGACCAGCAGCAGCAGCACCGAAGUAGUGUGCAGAAGAGCGAAAACAUCUGCCAUCUUCUUCAGCUUUACAGUGGGCAUCAUCAGCGGAAGCCAAGUCAACACGGUGCACACCACACAUCAUCUCCGGCCACAAGCAACAAAUCCCCUGUGAUGGUACCAGACGUGAGGUUUUCGGUUUGCAACACCACUCCACCUUCCGUGCUGCCUCCGAAUAGAAAACCUCUGGAGCACCCGGAUUUGCCCACCUUCGCCAUCACGAGCAUAUUGAGUCCCUCACAAGUGCUCAAUGCCUCUGUGAGCACUAGUGCUAGCUCGAUAGCAUCUUCUACCCCAGUGAGAGCUAGGCCGACCAACAGUAUGCAUAGUCGCGCACCAGAGUCACUGCAACCACAGCAGUGCCCACUACCUCAUUUUGGUGAGGCAGUACUGCCCCUGUCCCCCAGGAAGACGGGUGACGCUCGCCCCUUGCGACGCUCCCACGCGGUGUCCUGUGAAAAUGGGCAUGGUGUGAACGCAUCUCUCGCGCAGUGCCUUUCCUCAUCGAAAAGGUCGGUGCAGGAUGCACGGGGCGCUAAGACAGGCUUGGGUGACAUCGGCAUGCAUGUGCGCAUCUCAGCGACUGCUUUGAUGCCCAUUUUGCCCGUGACGGCUACGCACCCAGCGGCCGCGACAGAUUACCCGAUGUCGGCAGCAACGCCGAGCCUUCCUAUGCCCCGCAUACCUCAUCAAAAGCGAGGAGAUCGCCGAGCGCUACACCGCUGCAACGACAGCGGCAGCGGCAACCCCCCGCGCGUCACCGGCGAGCUAGGAGAGCUGUACCCCAGCAUCACACUACUACCGCCAGUGACGGCCACUGUUCGCGUGACGCAAGCGAAGGCUGCCACUGGGAGAAGCACCGCACUUCAGCCCCGUCCUCCCUUCACCUGCGUCCCUUUCAUGCCUUAUCAUCCGAGUGUGGUGGUGCGGCCACAGCCCGCGCAGCCUUCGAAUCCGAGCGAGUCGCGCUUUGGUGCGCCAGAUGCCUUUGGUCGCUCUACUCUGGCCGAAUCGCUCUCCCAUACUUCUCUUAUGUUCGCAACCGGCUACGGCGCGUCCGAGGGCAGUGAACAGCUCCGGUUGCUUAGUCCACACCCGCAGGCCUCGUUGAAACUACUCGACCCCGAGGAGGUCAGCGAGGACCGCAGCGACAGCUUAAAGGUUCUGUCGCCGUGGCCGCCAUCGCAGCUGCAGAGUUCUCUCACGUGCCCCUUUUCAACGCUGGAUGGUGCGGAGGAUAAGAGCCAUACUGAUAGCUUCGUGGGUGUCUCCGACACGCUCUACUCACGCCAGCUAGACAGCGAGCGCCUCCCCAUAUUGUCAUCAACGUGCCGCUGCGUGGCAUACAGCGUCAACGCUUCUCGAGAGAUGCCCGUAGUACUGCCCUUCAUCGACCCUUUCGCUGAAUUCGAGGGGAUGCCAUGUGGCCGUCGCACGUCCUCGAGCACCACCGGCUUGCUGGCGAGUUUCGGCACCCCGGCCGGCACGAUGAACUCCAGCGACAGCGUCCUCGAGAACAGCGUCGCAGCACUACCGGGUAGUGGCAGCGUGCAAACGCGAUCGUGGGCGCUGGGACCUCCGCCCGCCCGCAGCGGCGGCAGCUCCUGUGCAAUGCACACGUACCCCAGCAGUGGGAGGGUCAGCAUGGCCACUAUGUGCGCUGUUGAAAGCAGCUACGCAUUAGCCGAAGCGCAACCAGGACGUUUCCUCUGCCCAGCUAGCGAGGAGAAACAACACCAAGUCUGCGAGCAACCACCAAAUCACGACUUUCAGAAGAUCUGUGACACAGCUGCUCCGACUACGCCUCGCUCGACACAUCACUCGGCUGCUCACAUCUCGACUUUGGAGGCGUCGAUAAAUGGCUGCAGCGUGGUCCAGUCGAGCCUCACGGCCACCACCGCGUUAUGCGCGCGUAGGAAGCCCCUGGACGGCCAGAAGAGAAAGCAGUUGCUCGGUAGCUGUACCUCACAGCACUGCGGACCUCGAGAAAUGCGCGGCACAUCCACCAGAGUGGACUCAGUAGCAGCCAUAUCUGACACUGUUACCGCCACCACCAUUUUCACCACACCGUCGUUUACCUGCACGGUGUUGCCGCAGGGCACCGCAACCCCGACAACGCUAAGUAGCCGCGUGUCCCUCUCCGCCUCAAAACUCUUGGUGGGCGGCAUCGUGUUGGGUGCGUCGCCACAAGUCGCUGUUGCGGCGGCGGCGACACAAGCGGCCGAGGAAGGCAUAGAGACUGGCAUGAGCCACGGAAGUUCGCUCCGCUUGCUGGAGCGGCAGUGGGCGAGCCCCUCCUGUUCUGCUUCGACUCUCUCGAUGUGCUCCUCGCCUCUGGGACGCAGCAACCGAGGCCCCGCCGCUGCCGGAGGUCGCAGUGGACGCGGUGGGCAGAGGCACGACGACUUCCAGUGUCCAUCGUUUAUGAGUGUGCCACCGCUUGUGUACGGUGCGCAGGCACUGCCCUUUUGCUCCCUUACCGCUUCCGGCGUUCGAGCCUGGGUAGAGGAAUGCAGCGUGGAUGCGCCGUUUGACAUCUGUGCAACAUCGUUGUCGUCCCUGUUCUGCAAGACCGAUUCGCAGCUGCGCACAGCGGAUAGCAGCGUUAGCGGCAGAAGAAAUUUGCGGGGGUCGAUGCCGCACGGCGAAUGCGCUGUCGGGGUGAGCGGGGUCCUGCGACCAAGCUAUAGUUUCCAUCGCUCUCGCCUCGCCUUGCCCAGCGAGGCCAAGCGCUCCGGCGGCUGCUCCUCGCGUCGAAAGUCACCACUGCCGCCUAGCCUGCCGGCCACCGUUGACAACCUCACCAACAACUCCCCGUUUCAAGGCGCCGUUUUUGUCGACUCUUGCGCGCCCUCAGUUGUGAAGGGACACGAAAGCGAUGCCGGGUCAGUGGCGGCGACUACGACAACGAUGACGACCACCGCAGUGACCACCAUUGCUCGCUUGACAUCGCGCGUGAUCGUUUCGCAGAGGGGGCCGAGCAGCACCUAUAGGGAAGAUGAGGGGACUGAGAUGGUGAGCGACAUGAGGAUGAGUUUCGCGCCUGCUCGGAACGCGGCCAUUAUGAUAUCGACAGUGAGAGAGGAGAUGCGUCCAAGCCGCACCCGUCUUAUGGACACAAUGCUCGAACACCCGGAUGCACCACCAUUUGCUAAGGCUGCUGCUCAGCGUCUUCACGAGCGACGCACGUACUGUCCGCCCGACCUCGUGCGCAGCGACGUCGUCUCGGCCGCUGCGGAAGUACCAGUGAUCGUUACCACGACCACCUCCAUCCGCUCAUGCAGCGGCAGGAGCAACUCUUGCACGACUCAGCCACAGACUUCCAGCAGUGCUGCUGCCGGCGCAGAUGAUCCACACAACCAGGAGCAGGCGUUGCCAUUGCCUUCAAAUAAGCAGGGGCGAGCCCGGCAGCUCAGCGCGUCUUUGGUCCCGUGCCUUUACCACGCGUACCACUACCCCUGUGACGUCCACAAGCACUCGAAGCAGCAACAGCACACAACGAUGGUGUCGUUUGACUCUGUCAGGGCUAUCAACCCCCUGCAACCGAAUGCACUGGUGCCACGCGCCAUAGUAGAUGCGAGCACGCCUGUGUCCGGUUGCCUAACAGCGACGGAGGAGCAUCUCCCCAAGGUGCUGCCUGUCAAGCCCUCCGGACUACACUACUCAAUCAAGUGCUUGUUCGGCCUGUGA